GUACCAUCGGAAGUUGCCCGAGUAUCUUGACACUGAUUGUUUACUCCCCCAAAAGUAUGACUUUCUAAGGUUGCGCUCCACCAAAGACACACAGAGAAAUGUGGUUGCUGCUGCUGCUUGCCGCCUUGCUGGCUCUCUUCUGCACCCUGGACGUGUGGUACUUCGUGCGGGCGGCUGCCGUGGUCAUCCGCGCCUGGCUGCAGCCUCCCGUGCGCGAUGUGACGGGCGAGCAGGUCAUGACCAGCUGGGUGGCCCCACGCGACAUCGACAUGUGUCACAUGAACAACGCCCGCUACCUGCGUGAGUGCGACUUCGCCCGCUUCUCACUGUACAUGCGCAAUGGCGUCUUCAAGGCACUUCGGGCCCUCAAGGCUUCCAUGGUGGUGGGGGCGACCACUAUCCGCUACCGCCGUCCACUUUAUAUCGGUGAGGCAUACGAGCUGCGGAGUCGGGUGGUGACAUGGGACGACAAAUCCUUCUUCCUGGAGCAGAGGUUCGUGUCGAGCAAAGAUGAGCUUGUGUGCGCCGUCAUGUACUGCAAGCAGACUGUCCUACGUAGUAGCCCAGACAGUAUCAUGCAGUAUCUUUGCAAGCGGAAGGUGGAGCGUCCCGAAUUCCCAGAGGACCUCCAGCACUGGAUCAACUUCAUCUCAACCAGCAGUCAGCACCUCAGAGCAGAGAGCGGCCUCAUGGAGAAAGAUAAAUAAGCAAAGACAUUAGAAGUUAUUAGGGAACCCCCGCAAUUCACAAAGGACAGGGACCAUGGCCUGCAAUGAAUAGCGAAAACCUGUGAAUAAUUGAUGUCCCUCUAGAAAGGGGAUUGCACAAGAUUAUAGAUAGAUGCUACAAGAUGACAGCAAAGCAGAUAUCAUGCAUCUAGCAUGUACACAAUCAUGCUACAUGAAGGCUAUAUUCUGGAGUUACAAACAAACCACAUUCACACAGUAUUGAUGAGCCAUCAAUACUAGCCAAAGUCACUUAAUAGCAGGGGAAAAGAAGCAGGAACAUUCUUUGUUUCACUUCCGACAACACAUGAGAGGCAUUCAAGGUCCGUGAAGAAAAACCCUGGAAUUACUUCAACCAAACAGCAACAUCAAGAUAACACCAGGCAAUGCCAACGUAAUACUUACUUUGGCCUAAGUACAAAAGAAAUCAAUUUGUGAAUGCGAAUCUGUGAUUGUAUGGGGGAUCACUAUUUGUUAUUUUUGUCAUGAGGAUAACUUAUAAAUCUGUGAAUUAAAGUUGCCUUUUUGCA